AUGGGAUUCCUCAGCUGGUGGAGCAACCUUCGCGACUCCAUGCACUCGGUCAAGGAAACCGAAACACGAACAGCUCAUCGGCUUGCCCACUCACCUCCGGAACUGUGGUCCAGUAGGGAUCACAUUGCAUCGCGACGACUUCGUUUUCGGCGAGAGCUAGCGCUCAAGAAGGCCAAGAAAGAGAACAGAAGCAUUGUGCCCGUCGUGAUGCGGUAUCCCGAAGGUCCAUACUGGCCAUAUACCAUAGAGGACGACAUGGGUGAAUACCUCAAAGCAUAUAAACACAAGAGAAAGAUAGACACUUUCCGAGCUCGCCAUCCAUACUUGCAAGUCCAUCAGACGGAUGAAAACACUUUCCAUGCGUAUAAUCCCUGGAAUGGCGAGACAUUUCUUCUUUAUUGA